AUGGCCCGCGACCAGCUCACCCGCAUCAAGAACACCCUCGCGUCCAGCGACUCUUCCUCCGUCGACUACGCGGACAACGUCCCGCUCCUCGGCGACAAGCGGCACCGCGACCGCGCCGAGUCGCGCCCCGCACACAUCUAUCCUCCCCAGCAGCCCGCACCCGACUCCGCGAAGCCGGCGAAGAGCCGCGAGAUGAAGCACGCGCGCCGCAAAAGCCUCUUCAGUGGCAAGCGGGACGCGGACGCCGUCGCGGCGAGCGCGAAGAAGGAGCGCCCGAUUCCCCCGGGCAGCCUCCAAUGUCUUGGGCUCUCUGCGAGCGCCGGGAUGUCGGGCAUGGGCAAGUCGCGCCGGUUCGUGGAGGGCGAGGUGCAGUUCGACCAGAUCUGCGCGCCGUUCUCGUUCUGCUGA